UAUCAGGUCAGAAUGUGACUCAGGGAUGAAUGCUGAUUUGACUCCAGCAAUGCCAUUUUCAACCUCAAAGCUCCAGCUAAGGCCCUUUCGUAACCUCACACAGCUGAAGACAUUCAGCAGCAGGAAGGAGCCCCGCCAGUGCGACUUAAAGGGAUUAUGCUUUCAGGUAUUAAACAUAGGAAUCCCCCAGCUGUUGCUCCUACUUAGUUACCUGAGUUCCACUUCUACAGUGGCAGAAAUGCAUCCUACAAUGCCAGGAUCUGUGACUCAGCGAGGGAGUGGGUUUGUCAAUGAGGCAUUCCGGCAAGCACUUGAUCUUGUCAAUGCAGCCUACAAAAGAUCUAGAGACAGGAGUAAAGCAGCGCUGGCCAAAGGCUCCAUUAGUGCCAAUGACCUGCUCAGCUUCUUCAAACAUCCUGUAGCUGAGACUCGGACAGCAGUGAGAGCAGCUGAAUUGAUGGAAACUACCAUCGAACUCAUUCGGCAGAUGGUUUAUACCCAGGAGAAAAUGUUCAAGAAUGUAACGGAUCUGCUCAGCACACUCGAUCUUCAGGCGCUGGCUGAGGUGACAGGUUGCACCACUCAGUUGCGGUCAGUAACUUGCUCCAAUUCGUGCCUACUGAACAAAUAUCGGACCAUCACUGGCAUCUGCAAUAACAGGCAGCAUUCCUGGUGGGGAGCAGCUAAUGUACCAUAUAUUCGAUGGCUACUUCCAGAGUAUGAUGAUGGGUUCUCACUUCCAAAAGGAUGGGUUGAAAGCAAAGAAUAUAAUGGGUUCCCCUUACCCCUGGCCAGGACAGUGUCGACUGCAAUCCUGUACACCGGCAAUGAGAACAUUUCUCUGGACAGCAGGUACGCCCACAUUUUGGUGGAAUGGGGGCAGUGGAUUGACCACGAUAUGGACCUGACACCACAAAGUGCCAGUUCCUCUUCCUUUAUCGACAACAGUGACUGUUCAUCAUUGUGUCACAACAGAGGCCCAUGCUUCCCAAUUCAGAUACCUGACGAUGACCCACGUGCCUGUGAAAGCAAGGAGUGCAUGCCCUUCUUCCGCUCAGCACCAGCAUGUGGGAGCGGCAAGUCUGGAAUCUUCACAGGGGAGCUCCAUCCCAGGGAACAAAUGAACAGUAUCACUGCCUUUGUGGAUGCCAGCAUGGUUUAUGGAAGCACAGACUCCCUAGCACGGAAACUGAGGAACCUAACCAAUGAUCUCGGGUAUCUGGCCAUUAACCAGGAGUACUCUGACAAUGGCCUGGCCUACCUACCCUUCAUGAGCAAGAAACUUCAAAACCCCUGUGCACUGACCAGAGAUCAAUCCCUCACCACAAACAAAUCAGACAUUGCAUGUUUUCUGGCAGGAGAUUCCCGAGCAAACGAGCAUUUAGGGAUGCAGGUACUACACACAAUCUUCUUACGUGAGCACAAUCGAAUAGCAUCAGAACUGCACCAUCUGAAUCCGCACUGGAGUGGCGAGACCCUGUACCAGGAAGCACGGAAAAUCAUAGGAGCCUAUCAACAAAUUAUAAACUGGAAGGAUUAUGUACCUAAAAUCCUAGGACCAGAUGUCACAAAGCAGCACCUGCCUCCCUACAGGGGUUAUGAUGCAACAGUUGACCCUCGGAUUUCUAAUAUAUUUGCCACUGCAGCAUUUCGUUUUGCUCAUGUUACCAUCCACCCAAUAGUGUUCCGACUAGAUGAGAAUUACAAAGAGAACCCUACCUACCCUAGCAUCUCUCUACACAAGUCAUUCUUCUCUCCCUGGAGAAUUAUAGAAGAAGGAGGAAUUGACCCUCUUGUCCGAGGAGUUAUACUGAACUCUGCCAAGCUUCAAACACAAACACAGAUGAUGCCAGAAGAGCUAACAGAAAAGUUGUUUCAACCUAAGAAAUCUUUAGCAUUGGAUCUGGCAGCACUAAACCUCCAGCGAGGGAGGGAUCACGGGCUACCAAGUUACAGUGCCUGGAGACGGUUCUGUGGACUGCAGGAAGCCAGGAAUAUCUCUGAGUUAAUACAAAUAUUUAACAGCACAUACUUGGCCAAGAAGCUCCUGUCAGUGUACAAGACACCCAACAAUAUAGAUGUGUGGAUCGGCGCAAUAGCAGAGCCAUUAUUGCCCAAAGCUCGAGUCGGAGAACUCCUAGCCUGCCUUCUCGGAAAACAAUUCCAAGUUUUGAGGGAUGGAGACAGGUUCUGGUGGGAAAACGAGGGUGUGUUUACCAGCCAGCAGAGAGAAGAACUGAGCAAAGUCACCCUCUCCAGAAUCAUAUGUGACAGCACCAGGAUUCAGAGAAUGCCAGUGGAUGUGUUCUCAAGGAAUCAGUAUCCCAUCGACUUUGUACACUGUAACAGUUCUGCCAUCCCUUCACUCAAUCUGUCUCCCUGGAGAGAGGAGUUUGCAGAUAUUCCUUGCGGAGAGGUUCCCAAAGUGGAAAGGGCACACUUCUUCUUUUGUAAAACAUCCAUCCAUUUUGAAUGUUAUGCCGGACUUGAGCUUAUUGGAUCUUCAUCUCUAACCUGCGACCCCUUGACUGGAACAUGGAGUUCUGAAGCACCUACAUGCCAAGAUAAUGCUUCAAAGAAUCCAAGCCUUCUCAUCACAAUUGUUGUUGUCUGCAGCUGUAUUUUCAGCAUCAUGCUUGCAGUCACCUGUUUCCAAAGAUAUCAGCAGAGACAUCAGGACAAGAGUGAGACUGUGAUUAAAUGUGAAUUGUGCAUCAAAUGUUUCUCAUCUAAAAAUGGUAGCAGACAAGAUGACAACACCGGACACAAUGCAUAUGUUGAUCCACCAUCCACUUGACUCAGAAGUUCCAUUUUCUAGUUUAUCACUUUUUAUAAAAGCUUCAGACUUCCCUUCCUGCAAAAGAGGUUUAUUCAUUCAAGGUGUACAGCUUUAUUCUGAUCUCCAUGAUGUUACCCCAUUCUGGAACCAUUCAGCCAUGUAUUCUGUGGACCUAUUUCAUUCUCACAUUUUACUGUAACCUCUUCCCACUUCUUCGUUUAGUCUGUGAUAUCUCUUGAAGAUGAAACCAGGUGUGUUUGUGCAACUGCUAAAUAACAACUCAAGGAAAUGCAGACAGUGUCUGCCUCUGCUGCUAGAAAGUGUGCUGUCUCUGUUGGAAGUGUCUCUUUCUCCUUUUGUAAGCUGUGUUGAAAUUUCUCUCUCCCAUAUUCUAUCUAUCUAAUGUACACUGGGACUGGGGAGAAAAUCUUGCAGCACAUAAUUAGCCUGUUUGGUUUCCUCAGAAAUAUGGACAAAACUAUAUAUAUGCCCUUAUACUCUGUAACACGUAUGGCAGUUUCACAAGAAACUGAGAAGCCCACUGUGUAUUAGCCAGUAAUGUAAUGAUUUGUUACCUUUAUGUACUGGAAUAUCACCUACCAACCAGAACAGUUAGAUUCAUAUGAAUGACAGCUUUAAUGUGUAUAAUUAUGUCAUGGCUUUCAUUUAAUUUUGGGUUAUUCCAUUGGCAUCUCUUAUUAAACCAGAGCUGACAUGUUACUCCACUGCCAUCAGCAGAUCCAGAUACACACCCAGUCAUACUGCAGCCAGGACUAGAACCACAGGGAUUCAACAAGCACUACACUUAUACUACAAUAAUUAAGUAAUUACAAUUGAAAAACCCUGGGCAAGAGGACUCUCAGAUCUAUCAUUUUCCAUUCAAACUGCAUCAGUUACUUUCCCACUUUGCCUGAAAGCUGGAAAAGGACUUUAUUUCAAAUGUUCUAAAUAUAUAUAUUGUAUUAAAAAGGAGCACACAUUAUCCAGUGAUAAGUUACAAAGGCUGAAAUUAGUCUUAGCUGUUAUAAUUCACAAAUACCACUCUGGUUAUUUCUGCACACCACCACCCCCCCCCACCACCUUUGAGCUGUAUCGUCCUCAUCAUCUCAACUCAUUCGCUCCUGUGGACUCAUUCUCUUUAGCCUUGUACCUAUGUUACUAGUUAACUCUGUGGUCCACAAUCUCAACCAAUGUCUGAUCAGGACCCCUCUCACAUCACAAGGUGUUCAGUCAUGUCUGUGAUUCCCCUCACACCAUUCUGGGCAAUUUCUGAGUGGAGUUCAGGCAUUUUCCCCACAGGAAGAGGGAUAAAGAACUAAAGGGUCAAUAGUUUUGCCAAAUAGUCACAUUUUAAUGGAGCCCUUUUACUGAAUGUACAGAAUCUUGGAUACCUAUACCUCUUACACCACUUUGUUACCAUUUGCCAAAGAGCAAUGAGAACCAUGCUAAAUUGAAGCUAUCAACAUCCCACAGUCCGGAAAACUGCAUGAUGGCAAUAAAUAGUUACAAACAGGGAUAUCAGAGUAGCCACAGGUGAGGGGGGGAACCAGAAUCACUCUAGAAUAAAAUCAAUCUAGAACAGUUUAAGAUAAAUUCUUGGAAAUGUUGUUUGUAUCUCUUCCAAUCUAGUGAUUCAUUCAUUGAUGAAUUAUGAACAGAAAGUACUGAACAAAUCUCAAUAUUUUACUCAAUCCUAUUAGGCUUUUAACAAAGCUGUUGUCUGUAGCUUAAACAGUGGCUUGAUUAUACCUAGUGCUAAGUAUUAAAAACAGAAUAAUAAUCAUAAUAAUCUUAGCCUCAAAUCAGAAAUUCUAUACAGGAGUGAAUGAGAGGGUGAAGUCCAGUGGGAUUCUGUAAAACAGAAUUAACAGAAUUCUGUAAAAUAGAAUUAACAUGUUGAAUAAUAAAAUAAUAAAUAUUGAAUGAGUUGUGCCCAUGGAAAUUUCCCAGAAUGGGAAUGAAUAAAGAGUGGUUUGGUUUAUUACCUUUGCCACCAAAGAUGGAUGAAGGUAAUGUUUUUGCCCUAUUUGUUCGUCUGUUUGUAAUCAAUAUUUCUCAAAAGCUAAUGGAUGAUUUCAACAAAACUUGGUACAGAGAUGUAUACAGUGUAAUUUAAUGUAUACUGGUUUUGGAUUGAGAUAAAUGAGGAUUAAGAUUUUCAGAGGUUGCUUGCCUUCAUUGCUACGUAAAUGGAAUAAGGUGUGGAGACUCUGUAAAUGCUCUUGUCACUUCAUGGUAUAAUUUUAACAUCUGUAUAGUGUAAGAAUUGCAACCAUGUAACCACUGUAAAAUCUACAUCUUCAUCCUGUCAGGGUGUUAGACUUUAUCGUAGC